AUGGAAGAGAUUACCGUCGAAGAUAUUCUAAAUUGUCUCAUCUAUCUAUCUAUCUAUCUAUCUAUCUAUCUAUCUAUCUAUCUAUCUAUCUAUCUUCUCCAUCUGUUUAUCAACAUAUUUAAUCAAUCAAUCUAUCUAUCUAUCUAUCUAUCUAUCUAUCUAUCUAUCUAUCUAUCUAUCUAUCUUCUCCAUUUACGAAAGCAAAAUCUAUCUAUCUAUCUAUCUAUCUAUCUAUCUAUCUAUUUCAGUCUAGUCAUAUCUAUGUAUGGGCGUUUCUUCCCGCCAAAUACAUCAAUUAUCUAUCUGUCUAUCUAUCUAUCUAUCUAUCUGCUCACAUAUUUCUUUUAUGCUGAAAAAUACGAUAUCUAUCUAUGCCGUGAUAUCUAUCUAUCUAUCUGUCUUCUAUCUAGCUAUCUAUAUAUCUAUCUUAAUAUUUUCAGUCUAUCUAUCUAUCUAUCUAUCUAUCUUACUAUUUUACCUAUCUAUCUAUCUAUCUAUCUAUCUGUGAGGAAUUUUCUAUCAAUGGGUUACCUAAACAGCGCGCUAAUUAAUGCCCAACUCAAAUGCCUCGAGCAGAUUUGA